AUGGCGGAGGCUGCUCAGUCUACGCCCACCUUCAAGCUCGUCUUGGUCGGUGAUGGCGGUACUGGCAAGACCACUUUCGUCAAGCGCCACCUGACUGGCGAGUUCGAGAAGAAAUACAUUGCCACCCUCGGUGUCGAGGUCCACCCUCUCGGUUUCACCACCAACCUUGGUCAGAUCCAAUUCGAUGUCUGGGAUACCGCCGGCCAGGAGAAGUUCGGCGGCCUAAGAGAUGGUUACUACAUCAACGGCCAGUGUGGUAUCAUCAUGUUCGAUGUUACUUCCCGCAUCACCUACAAGAACGUCCCCAACUGGCAUCGUGAUCUCGUCCGUGUCUGCGAAAACAUCCCCAUCAUUCUCUGUGGCAACAAGGUCGACGUCAAGGAGCGGAAAGUCAAGGCCAAGACCAUCACCUUCCACCGCAAGAAGAACUUGCAAUACUACGACAUUUCUGCCAAGUCCAACUAUAACUUCGAGAAGCCCUUCCUCUGGCUAGCACGCAAGCUGGUCGGCAACGCCAACCUCGAGUUCGUCGCUGCGCCCGCUCUUGCUCCUCCUGAGGCUCAGGUCAACCCCGAGCUCAUGGAGCAGUACAACAAGGAGAUGACCGAAGCGGCGGCCAUGCCCUUGCCAGAUGAGGAUGAUGCCGACCUGUAA